UGAUUGCCAUUGACAAAUGACCAUGGCUAAAAAAGUGGCAGUUAUAGGUGCAGGUGCCAGUGGCCUUUGUGCUAUCAAAUGUUGCCUGGAUGAAGGGCUUGAACCCACCUGCUUUGAGAGAAGCUCAGACUUUGGAGGGCUGUGGCGAUUUAAGGAAACACCAGACCUUAAUACUGCCAGUAUCUACAAGUCUGUCAUCAUUAACACAUCAAAAGAAAUGUUGUGUUUCAGCGAUUUCCCAGUUCCUGAUGAUUAUGCAGUUUACAUGCACCAUUCCAAGGUUAUGAAAUACUUCAGGAUGUAUGCAAAGCACUUCGGCCUUCAGAAGUACAUACAACCAGAGACCAACGUUUCCAGUGUGAAAACCCGUCCUGAUUUCCUUACAACUGGUCAGUGGGAUGUGACUAUCAAAAACAAGAAAGGAGAGCAGAAGACAGAUAUUUUUGAUGCUGUUUUGGUUUGCACAGGCCAUCACUGUGACCCUUAUUUACCACUCCACAUGUUUCCAGGUAUAGAAAAGUUUAAAGGUCGUUACUUUCACAGUAGAGACUAUAAGUCAUCCUCAGAAUAUGAGGGAAAGCGAGUCAUGGUGAUCGGGCUUGGGAAUUCUGGAGGCGACUUGUCUGUUGAAAUCAGUCGCAUAGCUUCACAGGUGUUUCUAAGUACAAGAAGGGGAGCAUGGGUAAUAAGUCGAGUCUGUGACAAUGGCUAUCCCACUGAUAUGUCAAGCAUCUCUCGGUUUUCUAAUGCCAUCAGCCAUAUGCUGCCACAGUCUCUGCUGUGCAGUUUGUUGGAAAGAAAACUGAACAAAAGAUUCAACCACAAGAAUUAUGGCCUGCAACCCAGACACAGAACUCGUUUUAGAGAGCCCUUAUGGCGUGAUGAGCUACCAAAUCGAAUUAUUUCUGGCACUGUUAUCAUUAAGCCCAAUGUGAAAGAGUUCACAGAAACAGCAGCAGUGUUUGAAGAUGGAACUGUGGAAGAGAACAUUGAUGUGGUUAUCUUUGCCACUGGCUACACAUUUUCAUAUCCCUUCCUUCAACCCUCCAUUAUUGACGUCCGAAGUAAUAACACUAAUCUCUACAAGCAUGUCUUCCCACCACAUCUGGAGCAGCCAACGCUGGCUUUCAUUGGUCUCGUUCAGCCUGAUGGAGCGAUCAUGUCAGUUUCGGAAAUGCAGUCCCGAUGGGCAACACGAGUCUUUAAAGGGUUAGUAAAAUUGCCAUCAGUGAGUUCCAUGAUGGCAGAUAUUGUUAAGAAGAAAGAGAAUCUGGCCAAAAGGUAUGUCUGCACCCAGCGUCACACUCUUCAGAUAGACUACAUUAACUAUAUGGAUGAGAUCGCUGAAACUUUCGGUGCAAAACCAAAGAUGCUGGAGCUCUUUUUUCGGAAUCCAAGACUUGCCUGGAAGGUGUUCUUUGAUUCUUGUACCGCAUAUCAGUAUCGCCUAACUGGUCCAGGCAAGUGGAGUGGAGCUGAAAAGGCAAUCAUGACACAGUGGGACCGGGUUUUCAAGGCAACAAUGACCCGUUGUGCAGAAGUGGAAAAACAGCAAAAGACCUUUCCUGUGCUGCUGAUGCUGAUUUUUAUGGCUCUGAUGAUUGCAUUCUUUGUUUUUUAAUGGACUGUUCUUUGUGUUGUGUAACACUAUUUAGCUUCCCAUUCUUUGAUGUGCCUGCUAAUUCUCAUGUUUUUCUUGGUUCCCACUGACUGGGACUCCAUAUGCACAGCUGCUGCAGGUCGUACUUGAUAUAACAAUAGUUCCACAUUCAUGGUACCAUGUUCCCAAAAUCCUCAGCACAGAGGUGUAGCUGGCUCAAACAGCACCCUCUGCUGGUCCCAUGAAGUAGUGCCUCAUCCCCUCAGCUCUUCAAGGGAGGAGAAAAAAAAGGACUUUUGCAAAAUUUGUAGGAAACCUCCAUGCUUCCUGCAGACACUGCCCAAUCCACGCAUACCCCCCCCCCCCCAGCUCUUCAAGUGAAGAGUAAAAUAAAAGAUAUCCGUUACUUAUACUAGCGCCCCAACCAUUCAGGUCCUUCCUGCCCCAGCCAUUCAGGUUCUGUUUCUGUACCCUGCCCAUAAACUCCUUUAUUUAUUCUUCCCCUUAUACUUUAUACUCCUUAUUAUAUUUAUUAUAUU